GAUGAUUCGUCUCUUUCGCUGUUCGCGGUGCCGAGAGCACGCAACGCCGUGCAGUGCUCGGUGCAUGGCGUUGGGCAAUCAACGCGUCGUAUGCGCGACCUGCCGUGCCUCACCAACUUUGUGGCGCAUUACCGUCAUCCUCCCAGCCAGCGUUCUCUGUAUCUCAUCAGAUCUCCGUCAACCCCUAAGAAUUGACAGCAGCGGGAUUGCAAGGACACAGCGUCGCAGCGAUAUGUAAACGAUACCGGCG